AUGGAUACACAUCGAAUUGAGAUAUUAAGACGAUCUCGAAAGGAAACAAAGGAAUGGUACGAUUACCAGCAGUCGUAUUUAAUUUGUACAUUGAUUAAAGAAGGCCAUGAAGUGACAGUGCGAAGAUAUAGGUAUAAGAUCGAAGAUCGGAGCAUCACAUUACACGUUCUAAAGAUUGACAACAAUGAAGUUAAAGAAAUCAAGCCAGAAUAUACGGACAACAAAAAUGAAAAACGGGCUAAAAACCAAGAAGAAUACAUCAGAGGAAUGGAUACCAUGUGCGAAAUCUUAGUAAAAGACGGGUACACGUUCACAACAAAACAGAGUGUGCAUGGGAAAAAACAAAGAAUCACUAGCAUCACUUGCAAUGGUAACAUCAUAUCUCAGGAAACGAUCUUUGAAGAAGGAAAGAAGUUCAAUGAAUUUUGCAAAACUUUGAAAUGCAUGGAAGUUGUGUUAAAUAAUUUACUGAUUAACAAUUAUUCAAUUCACUUCACAAUUAAAACAAAAAAUAGAUGA